AUGCCAAACAAAAAGCGGAGCCGUCAGCCAGUAAGUGGUAGUUGGCUCCCAGAGGGCCGUCAACCUACCCCUAAAUCCACGACGGAAGCUCACCAUCACCGCGAGCCUUCUCUAUCGUCCUUGGGACCAGCAGCUCCAACCUCGCCAUACACCACAAGUAUCUUGAAUCCGAACGUGCCUGAGGAUCUCUCGGCAAUUUCUAAAUGGGUUCCUGGUGAAGUCUUUAUCUGGUCAGAAAACAGUUCUGACUUUCAUCUCAGACACGUUCCGCCACCAUUUACUCGACCUGAGAGGACCUUCUCAAAAGCAAGACACUUCAAACGGAAAGCAAUUCGUGUUGCCAUCAACGGAAAUGAAUGCUAUGCUCGUCCAGACUCGGCGUCUGAUCAAGACAUAAUGACUAAAGCAUUCGCAAAAGAACACAACAUCCUAUUUCAACGAGAAGAGGAUGACACAAGCUUUUUCAAGCUCGGUACCGGGAAUCUCGUCCAAUCAAUCGGGAGAGCCUAUGUACCCUUCAAACUCUUCGGCAGAGGCUAUUCUGAAGAACAUCGCUGGUUUCAUGUCCUGAAGAAGUGCCCCGUGCCGCUGAUCGUGGGAAUGGGAUUCCUCGAAAAGAUUAAGCUCUAUUCCAAAAACAAGCAUCUACUAGUCGACUGCCCUUCAAGCUUUGGAAGCAUGCCGAUGUUUCAAUGGAUAGGUUCGCCUCGUGGUUCCGUCAAUUUCAAGGCCAAUGGAAAAGAGCUAGUUGGGUGCGCAGAUACUGGCUCAGAUCUCGACUUCAUGUCAUUACACUGUGCAAGGCGACUCGGAUUAAAGGUUGACACAAAAUUGAAAGCACGGACACGAGUUAUGCUUGCCGAUGAGUCCAUAGUUGGGACCGUAGGGCAGGUAACGGUGUCAUCUAUCGAGCUAUCGAAUUUCAAUAAUUUCAAGCUGAAAUUUCACAUUCUACCGGGACUGGUAUCUGAUGUGAUUUUUAGCGAAGCCUUCCUCGACGAAACGGACGCGUUCAAUACAUGUGUGCAUAUCAAGGAUUCGGAAGAUUCGUACCACAACCUUGUGAACACUUUGAUGAAUCUUGGUCCUAUUCAAGCGUGGCUGAGUAGCAAAUGGACGCCAGAUGUUGUGGACACGGCGCAACAGGAGCAUGAUCGGGUUGUUGAAGCUGAGCAUUAUCGGCGCAAUAAGGCGAAUCGGACGAUUAAGAAAAUGAGAGAUGAGAGCCGAGCGGCUGCUGCGAGGGAGGCUGAAGAAGCGAAUCAAAAUACUUUCAAUACGGGACAUGCGAGAUGUCCGCAUUGUGUUAGGGAGAGACAUAGGACACGUGCGUAG